GGCGUCAGACGGCCGCCAGAGCAUCCCGGUUACGCACUGUUCAGAGGCCUCAUCGACGGUUCGCAGCGCUAGAAACAGCUGGAGCAGACGUCAACAUAGCCAGGCACACGGCUACAGCUACAGUCAGUAAUGGAGAGCCUGCUGGAUAAUCCAAUGAAAGCCGUUCUUUACCUGAAGGAGCUCACCACUAUCGUCCAGAACCAACAAAGCCUGAUCCAGACGCAGCGCCAACGCAUCGACGAACUCGAGCGAAAGGUGGAAGACCUGAUAGGAGAGAACCGGCAGUUGCGGGACCCCCAUCACUACGUCCAGCAGCCCGCUCAGCAUCACCACCACCACCAUCACCCGACUCACCGCAGCGCCAGUCCCCAGGCGCCGGCUCACCUCCAUCAGCACCCGGGGAGCAACAAAGCUGCUGUUCACCUGGGCCAGCAGGCACAGCAGCAGCCGCCGCCGCCGCCACCGCAGCAGCAGCAGCAGCAACAUCAGCAGCAGAUUCCCGCUCUAUCAGCCCAGCCUCAGCAUCAUCCGACCCCUCCUGCGCCGUCCUCCCACCACCCGCAGCAGCUGCAGCUCGUCCCCACCUCGCCGCAGUCACCCAAAGCGAGCCAAGCCAGCCCGGACCCCGCCGAGGAGAACAAGAGGAGCCCCUGCUGCAAGACCCUGGUUCCGCAGACUCCCACCGCUCUCUGCCGCUCAGUUGGAUUGGCCAGGAAAGCGGACAACCAAACAGUGCUUCACCAGUUCUGCUGCCCUGCCCCAGAGGCCCCUGAGGGGGAGACUUCUACUGCCUGUGUCCCCAGCGAUGACCUUUCUCCAGACUCAUCUUUGGGGGAGGAAGGGAAGGGAGGAGAGGGGGAGCUGCAGAGUGAGGUCGAGUCACAACCACAGCCACAGCCCCAGCAACAGCAGCAAGAGAUUCAGCCACAGACUGACCCACCACCACAGCCAGAGCCCCAGUCUGAGCCCCAACCACAGCCCGAAACCAAAUCUCAGCCAGAGCCUGAACCAAAACCCCAGCCUGCACCGGAGCCCGAGCCUGAGCCUGAAUCUCUGAGUGAGGAAGCAACACAGGACGCCCCUAAAACGCCUUCACCUUGCCUAGAUGAGCAGACAUGGGGGGAGCAAGAGAAGGAAAAGUCUAAAGAAGUUGUGGGGGCAAAGAAUGAGGGCGAGGCAGCGCAGGAAGAAGAGGACGAGGAGGAAGGGGGAGGCGCAAAAGGAGGUGGGGCGGGGAGGAGAGCCAGCCUGCACCACACGGCCUCGCCCUUGAGGGUGCAGCGCAACGGGACCGGCUCGCACUCCGCCACCUCCGACUAUGAGCUCUCGCUUGACCUCAAAAAUAAGCAGAUCGAAAUGUUAGAGCACAAAUACGGUGGCCACCUCAUCUCCCGCCGUGCUGCCUGCAAGAUCCAGACUGCCUUCCGCCAGUACCAGCUCAGCAAGAACUUCGAGAAGAUCCGCAAUUCGCUGCUUGAGAGUCGUCUUCCUCGACGCAUUUCCCUGCGCAAGGUCCGUGUGCAAAACACAGAAGGUUUCUCUGCUGAACGGGCCCUGGCAGAAGGCUGCAAUUUGGCAGGCAUCCCAUUGGUGCGAUCCCCAUCUCUGCCUACCACAGUUGGUGGCACCCUGACCGACCUGGAAGACUCAUUCACUGAACAGGUCCAGUCACUGGCAAAGUCCAUAGACGACGCACUCAGCAACUGGAGCCUGAAGACUAUGUGUUCACUGCAAGAAGGCGGCACUUAUCAGUUCAGUGCUGACUCCUUUAAUGCAGCAGCAGCAGCAGCCGCAGGAGUAGCAGGUGGAGGAGAAGUAGGUGGUGUGGGAGAAUCAACAAUUCCCCAAGGCCUGGUAGACCCAAGUGACCUGUCGAUAAGCGCAAGCAAGCUGAUGAUGGCAUUCCGGGAUGUGACGGUGCAGAUCGACAGCCAGAACUUUCGUGUUUCAUCCUCAGUCUUGGAAUCUUCCGCUUCCGUCACCCUCAGCAGCUGUGUCCAACAAGAGGACACUGUCACGACUACUUCCACAACAACAAACUCCACUCCAGCCUUCAUUCCUCCUGGUCCCUCACAAGAACCCUCUCCUCCUCCUGCAGAGCUCCCAGCUGAACCCAUAGAUCCCCCUCCACCCCCACAAGAACCCCCUCCACCCCCAGAAUCAGAUAUAGAAGGAGAUGAGCAGGAUGUUGAAUUCCCUGCUCCUCCUCCGAGUGAAGAAGAGCUAGGGGAUGAUGAGCAACCUCCCAUAACCCCUCUGGAUAAGAUGGCUGCCCCUCAAAGCCCAGAGGAGAUUGUGGUGGUGGCACCACCACCCACAGAACCCCCGUACGCCCCUCCACCACACAGGGCUUUACUGCUGGGGAGCUCCCCCUUGGUAGAGCCCCUGGAGGUGAAGAGGUGUGGCUCUGAGACAGCAGACAACAGCUCAGAGCAGAUGAGCAGCAGCAGCACGUCGACAGAGGCACGCUCCACAUCUGAAGCCUCGUCCAAGGAAACACUGCAGGCCAUGAUCCUCAGCCUGCCGCGCUACCACUGUGAGAACCCCGCAAGCUGUAAAUCACCCACCCUGUCCACUGACGUCAUGCGAAAACGCCUCUACCGCAUUGGCCUCAACCUCUUCAAUGUAAACCCUGACAAGGGCCUUCAGUUCCUGAUCUCUCGAGGCUUCAUCCCAGACACACCCAUUGGCGUGGCCCAUUUCCUGCUACAGAGAAAGGGCCUGAGCAGACAGAUGAUAGGAGAGUUCCUUGGCAACAGCAAGAAGCCCUUCAACAGAGAUGUCCUUGAUUGCGUGGUGGAUGAGAUGGACUUCUCAGGCAUGGAGCUGGAUGAAGCACUGAGGAAGUUUCAGGCCCACAUUCGUGUCCAGGGAGAAGCCCAAAAGGUGGAACGUCUUAUCGAGGCCUUCAGUCAGCGCUACUGCAUGUGUAACCCCGACGUAGUGCAGCAGUUUCACAACCCAGACACAAUCUUCAUCCUGGCCUUCGCAAUCAUUCUGCUCAACACUGACAUGUACAGUCCCAACAUCAAGCCUGACCGCAAGAUGUUACUGGAGGACUUCAUACGCAAUCUAAGAGGUGUGGAUGAUGGAGCAGACAUCCCCAGAGACAUGGUGGUGGGAAUCUAUGAAAGAAUACAGCAGAGGGAGUUACGCUCCAACGAAGACCACGUCACCUACGUCUCCAAAGUUGAACAGUCCAUCGUCGGCAUGAAAACGGUUCUCUCUGUACCUCACAGAAGACUGGUGUGCUGUAGUCGACUUUUUGAGGUGACUGAUGUCAACAAAGCCCAAAAACAGGCAGCUCACCAGAGAGAAGUCUUCCUCUUCAAUGAUCUCAUUGUGAUCUUGAAGCUUUGUCCAAAGAAGAAGAGUUCUGCAGCCUACACUUUCUGCAAAGCUAUGGGCCUACUUGGCAUGCAGUUUCACCUGUUUGAAAAUGAAUACUACCCUCAUGGCAUCACCAUCCUCUCACCUUUUGGCUCAGACAAGAAGCAGGUACUUAACUUCUGUGCCCAAAGUGCUGAGGAGCUUCUCAAGUUUCUAGAAGACCUAAAGGAAUCAAUCGCCGAGGUGUCGGAGAUGGAGCAGAUACGCAUCGAGUGGGAGCUGGAAAAGCAGCAGGGAGCCAAGACUCACUCAGUAAAAAACAACGGCACACAGCUAGAGCUGCGUGGCAAACCGGGCUCCCCAUCAGGAAACCUGGAGGUAGAUGACAGAAGUGGACACAAUGCAGUAGAGGUGUCAAUUCACAACAGGCUUCAGACGUACCAGCUCAGCAGCAGCACGGCUCGGAGUCCCGAGAGCGUGGCCCUUCUUAACCACGGGGGGGAGCUGCUUUUCCAGCAGGGGCUCCAGGGGCUGCCCCAAGGGCUAACCCAGGGGCCGGCGCCUCCACCUCAGCACCCACAGCUGCAGUCAGCGGCAAGCACCCCUGCCCACCACCUCCACCUCCAGCAGCACCACCAGCCCACCGUCAGCAUGGCUGAUCUGCGGCCCGAGACACUCAUCCAGUGUCAGCAGAUCGUAAAGGUCAUCAUGCUCGACAACAGCGGCCACGGACGCGUGGAGGCCUUCCUCAGCCAAACACCCACACACCACCACUACCAGCACCACCACCACAGCCACCACCAGCUCAGUCAGUCAGCCAUGUCCACUCCGGUCCGCUCGUCGGACAGCUCCCACAGCAAUGACGGCCACCAGCCCCCGCUGCCUCCUCCACCUCCGCCUUACAACCACCCGCACCAGUAUAUACCCCCUGACCCCCGCCUCAGUCUACAUCGGACCCCGAGUGGCUCUCGGAGCAUGGUGUAAAUAGAUGAAUUAGUAUUCUUUCCCUGAACACACACACACACACACACACUUCCACACAAACCCCACCCCUUCCCUACCUAUUUAAAAGUACAUAAUGUACAUAUAUAUACAUACAGAUGAAAGAGCUAUAAUGAAAAAAAUGAAAUCUCACUUAUAUGCAUAUAUAUAAGGAAAAAAUAAACUAAAGGAAAAAAUUAAGGUUUUAGAAGAUAUACAGAGAAAUAAAGUGCAUAUAUAAAGUUUUACUUGAUUCCACAUGUAUUUUGAAAUAUUAUGUAGUUUUAACAAAUUUCGAUAACUUUUUGUCAGUUUUAAAUCUUGCUAGAGAAAACACAAAUAUUCAGUUUCUGGAUGGAUUCCUUGUAGUUCCAGAAGUCACCACCAACAACAACAACAGAAACACAUGAAUCCCUCAAACCUUUUUUGGAUUGUGACGGAUGGAUUCACUCCAAGGACCUUCAGCUUCUGUUCGCUUUUAUCAUCCCAAACCUCAUGCCUACUGUGCUGUGUGUGCGCGUGCGUGCAUAGUUGACACUUACAGAAAACAUGUGCCAAAAUACAUAACGCCUCCACUACACACUGACUUCUUUGCACUUGACUAAACACUAGGGACAGAAGAAAAGAAAAAAAAACUUCUUUGCUUUGAAAAAAAAUAGUCCUUUCACGCUUUUCCCUCAAGGAGCACACACACACACAUACACACACACACACACACACACACACACACACACAAAAGGAAUAACAAAAAUUAUAUUUCAUAAAAACUUAUCUCCCCGUUUGCACUGUUGCUGAUUUAUUUAUGUGAUGGAGAGCCUUCUCUCUUGUUCUCUGUUCCACCGGAUAAAAACAAAAAACAAAAAAAACGACCAUCCACCAAUAAGCUGUGUUUAUCAUCUGCUCCUCUGUUCUGUUGUGGCUCUCUAUCAUCCAAAAACACUCUUACCCUGUUGUCACUAUCCAUAGAUCACUCUACAGUGAAGGAUGACAUGGAAACAAAGGCAACCAAUCACAUGGAUUGCUGCCAAACCAAAAAGUCAGCCCAAGAUGGUUCAGUUGAUUGUUGUUUGUCUUUUACUCUUCAUGUUUAUUAUUGUUAACGCUUCACAGGUGUUCGUACCACAUUUAUCUGCUGAUAGGGAGGGAAAGUUUGUCUCAUUUUGAAAUUGUUUGAGCUGCCGAAACUGCUGGACUUUAAAAACAACUCGCAUUCACAUGUAAUAUAUAUGUACAAUGCACUGUGCUGUCAUCCGUUGUGUAUGAAAUCGCCAUGAAUUUCCAUGAAGACGCCUCUGCUACAACUGUUAAAUGUCAAGAUCUAUGUGUGUUUUGAUUUGCAUACAGCAUAUUCCACCUUUUGUGUGUUUUUUCCCCGUGGGUGGAUAAAUGCAGGACCGAGUCAACCCACAAAACAUCCAGACAGUGUCUCUUUAUGUCUGUACAACUUGUUGUACAGACAUAACUGGUUUCAGCUCCUUGUGACUGAUUUUCUCUUCCCUCCUAACCUUUCAGUCUGACAUUUUGAAAAAGGCAAAACUACAGAGGCACACACAGCUUAUAUUGCAAAUGCUGGCAUUAAUGGUAUUUUAUGUGCUGUUGGCUACCCUGCUUUAAAUAAGAAUGGGACAAAAAAAGAAUGCAUUAUCUGAUCUCUUUCUCUUUCACCCCAGCCUAGAUUGUAAAUACCACAUUCAAGCAGUGUCGGAAAAGACAAGCAAGCUACCUUUAGCCCCUUCAAAAUGCUGUCACCCUGUCACGCGUCCUUCAUUCAGAAAUAGGCCAGCGACUGCUCCAGCCUGAAUGCGUCCAUCUUUUAAACAUAAGCACCCCCCCCCACACACACACACCUCCCCACCACCAGGUACUGCUCCACUCUGACCCCCAUCUGUCUGAUUUGUUGAUUUAUAAUCACAGAGACACUGCGGGGAGGUCUCUAUCUCAUCUUCCUGUCCUUUUCCACUCACAUUUUCACCCAGUGGAAGGACAGAGGGCGCAGAAAAACAGUUUGUUGUUCUGGCUGCCAGAGAUGACAAGUGUGCGUGUGCAUGUGUGUGCGCGCAACCUCCUCAAGGUAGCAUCCUAACCUUCCCGUAAACAAAUUUGAGCUCUCGUCUGUUCAUCCCAGGAAUUGCUUUUAUUAUAAUUUCAAAACACAAUAAGAAGAAUUAAUGCUUUUAAAAUUAGCUUUAAAAAAGAGCUAUUGUGAUCAUUAAAAAAACAACUUACAGCUUAAAA